AUGACUUUGGAUCCACUUUUACCGGCAAAUAAGAUUUUGCGAACGGAUAUCAAUGAGUGUAAAGAUAAGGAGCGUUUUCCAUGCUAUGGAACUUGUGUUAAUAAUGGGGGGAACUACAAAUGCAAAUGUAAGCAAGGGUAUUCUGGUGAUGCCAAGAUUCAMGGUGGUUGUCGUCGCAAUAUUCCAAUUCUCCAACUCUCAUUAGGCUUGGGGAUUGGAUUCCUUGCGAUACUGAUUGGAUUCUCGGUGUUGUACUUCAUGGCCCAGAAAAGGAAGCUAGUUAAGCKAAGRGAAAGUUUCUUCGAACAAAACGGUGGUGUGCUAUUGCAAGAUAAACUAAAAACCAAGGGUGGUGUUGGUAUCGGUUCCAUGAAAAUUUUUCAAGUUGAAGAGCUAGAAGAAGCWACUAAAAAUUAUGCGGAAGAUAUGAUUCUUGGCAAAGGAGGUAAUGGCAUUGUCUACAAGGGAACCCUACCAGAUAAGUGCAUCGUAGCAAUCAAGAAGUCCCAAAGACUGGAUCAAKCACAAAGGGAGCAGUUUAUAAACGAAAUGGUGAUUCUCACACAAAUUAAUCACCAACAYGUUGUGCAACUUUUGGGAUGUUGUYUGGAAACUGAUGUCCCAUUACUAGUUUACGAAUAUGAAUCUAAUGACACUCUUGAUCGUCAUAUUCAUAAUCAAACAAGUGGCUUGGGAAGAUUAUCAUGGAACAAUCGUCUAAGGAUAGCACAUGAAUCGGCUGGUGCACUUGCUUAUCUUCACACAGAUGCUAGAAUGUCCAUCAUACACAGAGAUGUGAAAUCAACUAAUAUCUUGUUAGAUGAUAAUUAUACUGCAAAAAUUGCAGAUUUUGGAGCCUCACGGUUAGUCCCCUUGGGUCAUGAUCAAGUCAGUACACUAGUUCAAGGAACUUUGGGGUACUUGGAUCCUGAAUAUUUUCAUACUGGCCAACUAACAGACAAGAGUGAUGUGUAUAGCUUCGGAGUCGUUCUUGCAGAACUCUUAACGGGAAAAAAGCCCCUCAGUGUGGAAAGAUGCUUAGAAGAACGAAACCUUGCAACUUACUUUUUGAAGGCAAUGAAGGAAAAUCAAUUGCUUGACAUUCUUGAUCACCAAGUGGUAAAUGAGGCAACUGAUGAGCAACUAAAAGCAACAUGUGACCUGGCAUGUAAAUGCCUUAACCAAUUAGGUCAGAACCGACCUAGCAUGAAACAAGUGACCAUGGAGCUUGAAACAUUGAGGAAGUUCAACAAACAUUCUUGGGAUGGCCAAGACAACUACAAUGAGAUGAGUAGCAUAAUGAUUGAAAGUGAACAAGUUGAUCUUUAUACCAUUCCUUUGAUAGCUAAUAGUGAUACUUUUGGCGAAUACAGUUCAAGUACUAUGGGGAUGAAAGACAUGAUGCUCCAAGUACAAAAUCCACGUUGAGGAUUUAGGAAUGAAUAGCUCUUUUACAUGCCAUUAACGUUCUUAUAUCCUAUUUGUUAUUUCAUAUUAUACAUUGUAC